CCUUCCAGUUCCGUUCCGUUCCCUUUCCGAUUUCGUUCUUGCUUCUGACUUCCAGCGGAACUGUUGUUGGAUGCCUGCCUGCCUGCCUGCCUGCUGUAGCAGCUUUUCCACACAAGUGCGAGAGAUACCAAAAACCGAGCGGAGCGUGUUCGCUCAUUCGGUUUAGGCGCUUUGCUCUAUCUUUCUCUCUCUCUCUCUCUCAGUUUUUAUUUUACUUCGUUUUUCUCUGUGGGCUGCCUGCGCGCUGCAUUUGACCGCGACUCAGUAGCAAAGGAAAAUCCAUUUUCCAUUUUUCUAGACGCGGACACAGGCUCUGAGUAUCGUGUGCGGCGGACGUCCUUGUCCUUCGUGCGUCGUUUGCUCGCGCUGGCUGACGGUUUUUGUAAUCUUUGUGCGUGUUAAGUGCAACAAAAAAUAAUAAGAAUACGUGGAAAACGAAUCGAAUCGAGAUUCUUCGAAUGAAGAGGAAGGCCAUCCACAAAAAACCAAAUCCAAAAGCAAAAGCAAAUGGGAGAAGCAGCGCAAUAAGGCAGAAAAAAUACUUUGCCUGUGUGUGCAAAAGUCUUCAGCUGCACACGCCGCCCCCUGCUCCAGAGGCGCCUGGCAGAGGCAAGUGGCACCUGGCGAGAGGAGGCCCUAGGAGACAUCAUCGAGCACCAGCCGCCGUCACGCGGAGGCCAUGGAAACGUACUCUGGAUGAAUGGAGGCCCACUGAACAUUUCUGAGGAGAGGAGCAGGAGCAGGAGCAGGAACAGGAACCGAAACUGAAACCGAAAGGAACCGGAUUCCCAAUCGAUUCAGAGCAAUCUGAAUUCUGAGGUCUGAGAUCUGAGGUCUGAAAGGAAGGAUACUUUAAGGAGCGCCGCGACUGUGGAGGGGCUUCGCUAUUGGUGGUGGGAGGGCGUCGCUAGUGCCAGUGCGUGCCACUUGGUGGCAAGGGGGCGUGGAACCACCGCAUCUGAUCGAAUCAUGAAGCAUUGUAAGAAAAAGUCCACCCCUUGCCGUCACCGAGUCCGCAUGGAAUGGAAUCCUUAGACUUUUCUCUGUUCUUCUCUGGUUCUCUGCUUCACAGCAAGUGUUUCCAUACACAGGGACAUGAUGGAAUUCGGCUAACUGCAGCAGAAGCACUGCAGCAACUGUGAUCCAGCUCGAGGAUUACGCAGCAAUCAAAAUUUAAGAGCGGAACCGAACGCACAACCGCACAAAGCAAUCCGCAGGACAUACUCCAAGUAUUCAAGUAUUCCAAUAGCAGUAUCAAAAGCGUAGUUAGAUUAGCGCCCAGUAGCCAUCAUCAUCAGACCACCACCUCAGACGCAGCGACGGCGGCUGCGACACCGAGACCCUAGCGGGUGACGCGGCCAUGGAACCUCCCGGUGGGGUGCCGCCCGACAAGGACCGACAGCUAGUGCUCAGAAACUCAGCCCAGUCGGCUCCCGGUUCCGUUUCCAUUGUCGUCGCCGCCCCGAAUGCCGGACACGGAACAACGUCGGCGGCUGCGAACCCUCAGCAGCAGUCCAGCAGUCAAUCCACGCACUUGCCACAGUCCAUUAAGCCGACGACACUGAGCCUGCAACCACAUGGAGGCGUGCAUGCCACGGCCACGGCCACGGCCACGACUACGGCCACGCAGCUAUCUCCCUCGGCCGCCGCGAACAACAAUGCGGCGGCAACUGCCGCAACGGCUACGAGCAGCGGGAGCGGGAACGCCAACAGCGGCAAUAGUCCUGCGCUGGCGUCCACCGCCACGGCCAUAUCCGCCACAACGCAGGCAGCGACCGCAUUUAGCGGCAGUUCCGUGGGCCACCAUCACUUGCAGCACCACCAGCAUCCGCACGCCCAUUCACAGCCCGCAACGCACCAACAACAACUGCUGCAUGCACUGCCCCAUCAGCAGUCCCAGGCGGCGGCGCCAGCAGCGGCACCAGCAACGGCACCAGCAACGGCAACGGCGUCACACCACCACCAUCACAGCUCCAUCUCCGGGCCUGGUGGUUCGGGCAGUGGAGGACUGCUUGCAGGUGCGGGCAGUGGCUCCGGAGGUGGCAACCCACAGCAAACCAUUGAGAAGCUCUCCCGACCAAUGGCCUUCGACAAGAUGGAGGUGCUGGUGCGCGAGAUGCAGGAUCAAGAACAUGGUGUACCCGUGCGACAGCAGAAAAUGUUCCUUACAUCUAUACCAUACGCGUUUAUGGGAUACGAUCUGAUCGAAUGGCUUAUGGACCGAUUGCAAAUCGAGGAAUCGGAGGCCCUGAACAUUGCCAACCAGCUGUGUCUGCACGGGUACUUCUUUCCGGUGAACGACUCAAAGACGCUGACCGUGAAGGACGACUCAUCGCUGUACCGCUUCCAGACCCCCUACUACUGGCCGUGGCAGCACAAGGCCCCGGAUAACGUGGAGUAUGCCAUAUAUUUGGCCAAGCGAUCGCUACGCAAUAAACAGCGCCAUGCGCUCGAGGACUACGAGGCCGAGGCCUUGUCCUCACUGCAUAAGAAUCUGAAGGGCAAAUGGGACUUUAUAUCGAUGCAGGCCGAGGAGCAGGUGCGCUUGGCCAAGGAGCGCAAGAAGGGGGACAAGAUUGUUGGAGACUCGCAGGAGCGGGCCUACUGGCGCGUACACCGUCCACCCCCCGGCCAGUUCACGCCCCUGGAGCCCUGUCCGGUGCCGUCGCGCGACCGCCAGGGCUUCAAACCCAACAAGAAAAAGACUGUCGACGAUGUACAGCGAGAGGUCGACUACUUGGGCAAGUCCCUGAACCGAACGCGAAUGAAGAUGUCGCAGGCCUGCGAGUCACUGGUCUGCUACUCGGAGACCUUCAGUGAAUACGACUUCUUUCUGCAGCCGGCGCUGCCCUCGAACCCCUGGGUCACCGAGGACAUUACCUUUUGGCAGCUGAACAACACCUUCGUGGACAUUCCCACUGAGAAACGAGUGAAGCGGUGGGCCAUUUCCAUCGAGGAGCUGGUCUCGGAUCCGACGGGUCUGCAGGAGUUCACGACCUUCCUCGAGAAGGAGUACUCGCACGAGAACAUUCGUUUCUGGAUUGCUGUCAACCGCUUGCGUCGAUCCGCCCACUCCCAGGUGGCACGGAAGGUCAACGAGAUCUACGAGGAAUUUCUGAAGCCUGGAGCACCCUGCGAGAUAAACAUCGAUGGAAAAACGAUGGAAAGUGUGCUUCGCGGUCUCAAGAACCCAUCGCGCUUCACCUUCGACUCGGCCUCAGAGCACAUUUACAUGUUGCUACUGAAAAAGGACUGCUACCCUCGCUUUAUACGAUCGGAGCACUACAAGCGUUUGCUCGACACUGGCAUCCAGCCCUCGUACAAGAAGCGUUUCUUCAAUUUCGGAGGCGUCAGCGGAGCCAAGAAGAAGAUGACAGCUGCCCUGUCCAGUCAGCCGAACCUGGGCGAUGCGGGGGGGUCGAAGGGGUCCAGCAGUGCGGCAGGCGGCACGGGCUCCAUGAUGCAGGCACCGCCACCCGGCAGCCUGGCACGGCGUCGUGGCAGCGACCGCAGUCUGACGGGCUCAGCGCAUGAGCUGGCCGUCAUUGGGGUGAACAAGGAGGCAGGUUCCAAGGUACCGCACUCCCAUUCCCAGAGCAAUCUCAGCGAGAUUCCCUUUAGUAGCGAUUCUAUUUAUCGAGGCGAUAUGCCGCAGCCCCAUCGCCACACGGCGAUCAUGGAUGUUGGGAUCUAUGCUGCCUACGGCGGGAAUCGCGAAAGUAGUUUACAGGCACUCCCAGAAAACCCAAAGACGAAGUCCACCGGUCUCGACACGUUGGAGUCCACCACAGCAUUAGCUGGCAACAGUAGCGCCGUUUGUCCCUGGGACGAGCCGGUGGCAAUACUUCCAGCAGCUCAGGUGAAGCUCUCUGUGUGUCCCUGGGAGCAGGAUACUGUGACAGAUCCAGCGCCGGCACCGGCGUCAGUUCCGGUUGCGGUUGCGGUACUGUCCAAGCAGACGGCUGUCACCGUACAGCCACUACGAUUGACAAGCACUUCGUCGGACAGCAGUGAUGUGGCUGAUCGCCUGCAGCGAAAUCUAGGCAUUCGACACCAAAACACCGUCGACAGUGGAGAAACGAGCAUCAAACGUCUGACUCCCAACUUUACGGAACAGCGUCGGGCAUCUGUAUCCUUCACUCCAAGCCGCAGCUCCGACUACCAGUUUGGACGCGCCGCCGGUGCAUGUCCGUCUACCACAUCCACCACGCCCACCGUAGGAAGCCAAAGCGCAGGUGUCGCCAGCAGUAAUCUCACGCCACUGCAGGCUAGGAGUGCCGUCUUUGGAGGUGCCAGUGGCGGCAGCAGCUUCGUUGCAGUUGCAGCUGCCGCCAAGGAUCAACAGCCACUGACUGGCUCGGAUGUGGAAACCGAAGUGGAGGAAGAACUAAACAAGCUGUCACAAGAGUCGUCGACAUCGGAGUUGCCUGUGCUUGUGACUCCCACACCCACACAGACCCCGCCGCUCAUAACAAAGGUCACGCCACCGCCCGAGGAGUACCUCCCCAUCCAAGCAGAUUCGAUGGCAAAUUGCUUGCAACAGCAGCAACUCGUUGAUAGCUGCGUGACACAUGGGAAAGACGUGGCUGUGGUAAAAGAGGUACAGAUCGAACUGAUCGAGUCGCGUGCCUACGAAAAAGAUCUGGCUACCACGACGCCCACCAUUAAGGUUCUGGAGCUAGUUGCGACUACUCCAGGCUCUUAUAUCCGCUUACCCUCGGGCCAGAGUCAAGAAGCACUUACAACAACCACCGAGGAUGCCGCAUUGGCCGACGACGACGAAACGGAGCAAGCAGCCCCGGCCCAGGCGCAGGUACCCCUGUCCGAAGUGUCAGAGGCCUUACAAGAUGAGCUUUCACCCACCACCGAUGAGUACCAAGAAGGACUGCAGUUUGGCGGCAACGACACCAAGGACGUGGUCGAUGACUUUGACAGCAUAGAUAGCGACAUACAGCUCGGCUACAUACCGCCUGCUCCCACCCCUGCUCCAUCCAUGGCGCCCCUGGCUGAGUUGGACGUAGACACGAUGGUGGACGAUGAUCCAGCGGACGAGCCUGCCAGCAGUACAGAGCGUCCGGCAGUGGCAGUGGCAGUGGCAGCAGCGGUAGCUCCCACGGCACCAGCAACAGCAACAGCAACUCCGACAUCCAGCAAUGACGAGGCACGCAAGCGCCGCAAGAAACGAAACUCUGAUGGGAAAAAGCACAGCUCGCAGGAGGACAAGGAUAAGGAUGGUGGAAAAGAUGGAAGCGGAAGUGGCGGCGGCGGCGGCGGCGGCGUCGUCGAUCCGGAACACAAUGCAGUGUGCCCCUGGGAAGACGAGAACGUGAGCACUAGCGAUGGAACCUUCGUGAAGACAUAUGCCACAUUGGGCUACUUAUGAAUAAAACCAAAUCUGUUCAAGACGGUGGUCAACAAGUUGCUGAAAAGGAAGCCGCACAAGCAAAAGUAGGGCCUGGGAUAGUGUUUUAGCUUACUAACUAACUUAUACAUAGUACAUAUAUGUAUACAAUAUGCAUAUAUAUGUAUGUAUGUGUGCUCUAUAUGUAUGUACGUAUUUGAUUCAUGAGUGUGUGUACAUGUAAUACGUAAUUGUUAAUUGCUUCGUGAGUUCAAGGGGCAGACAGUCACAGUUUCGUUGUUUAUUGCAGAAACUUCUUCAACAUACAGAAAACUGAAAUGAGAAACGUCUAUGGGCACGUACCAGAUGUACUAUAUACAUAUAUGUAUGAUCUUAGUGUAUAUGAAGGAACAUACUCUUAUUGUACAAAAAUUACAAAUUCUAUACUAUGUACUCUCAUAACAAAUGAAAAAUGAUAAAUGAUAAAUGAAAAGCAACGUGAUGGCAACAGAGAAACCGAAAGCAUCUAUAAAUCUAGAAAUAUGUAUUUAAAAUCAAAUAAUCCUCCUCCAAUCAUAAUUGGCAUGUUUUGUGGUGAUCAACUGGAAAACUAAAGAAUAGACAACAAAAACGAGAGAGAAUACCAACACAAGGAUUGUAGACUCGACAACAAAACAGAUAGAUCUGUAAUUCAUUCAUGAACCUACAAUGCAAUAUACACACAAAUGGAGUUGGAAUAACUGAAUCCCUAUGAUUAAUAAACAAGUAACAAGCCCAUUUGGGGAUCUACAAAGAACAAAAGGACAUCCCGCAUGUAACUUCCAUGGAAAUCGUAAGCAUUGUUUGAGCGUAGUGCCUUUUGCGUAGAAGUACACACCGAUCGUUUAAUUUUGGGUUAUCCAUCAAGACAUUCGGCUUACAGACCGUCGUAGACAUAGACAGUGAACUGAAUUCAAACAAUAAAAUUAUAGUUCGGCCUAAUUGGCUGUCGUCUAUUUUGUGUGUCAAUCGUUUGGUUGUUCAAUAAGUUCAAUAAGAGUUCAAAAUUUCACAAGUUCAUUCGUAAAAUCGCAUAUAUAUACAUAUGAACAUACAUAUGUAUUGUUUCAUUUCACGUGUGCAUGCAACACACUCACUCACGAGCCCCCAGGGUGCAGGGUGCAGUGCAACACAAGCAGCAAACCGCCAAAUCGCAACUUUUACCAUGCGUCUAGUAGGAGUAUUAGGUGCUGCCUGUCCGCCCAAAACAAAAACAAUCACAGUAAACGAGCUACGCUGCAUAACAUACAUCGUACACACCGUACACACCGUACUAAGCCAUAUCUACAGUGAAUCUUCAACGUGUCGGACAUUUCUUUCGCCAAUACAAGCACACACAAACCAUGAAUGUGUAGAUCAAUAUAAUCAAAUAAAAAUGAAAUCCUGGUUGUUCGCGGCUAAUACCUUUAUAUAGAUCGAUCGAAACAGAAGAAAAUCACAAGUAAACCUAAAGGGAAAAACUAUUAAAAUCUAAGUAUAUUUCUACUUUCAUUUCGGUGUGCACUGUGCAUUAGCUACUAUAUGUAUUUACUGUACUGUACUGUCGAAAACCGCUUGCUGGUAAACAAUCUUUGUAUAAAAUAUCUAAUAUCUGAGCUAAUCUACGCGUGAAUUUUCAAGUUACUUCAAUUAAAUUAAAACUAAAACACUCAAAAAAAAAACACUACAAAAACACUACAAAAUGUGCUCUCGAAGAAACACAACACAGAGUUACAUUCAGAAAAAUAAUUAGAUAAUAAUGUUGCGAAUUUGUUGGAUUUUUUGGAAUGAAUGCAAAUAAAAAACUAUAAAAAGUUAUGUAUAGAAAUAAAUAAAAUAAAAUAAAUAAAUAAAAGGCAAAAGGUCUGUGCCGUGCGUACAAAAAAAAAUAUGUGUACAUGAAACCACCGUUAACUUUGCUUAUGCGAGCCGAGCAAUUAAAAAAAGUUAUAAAAGAAAAACCAAAACCAAAACAAAAACUAAAACUAAAACUAUAAAACGAUCAAAUUCUGCUGCAGCAAUAGUUGGAAUGUUGUUGUCGAAUAUACAUAAUCCGUGUACUAGUGAAAGCAGCUUCGUAGAACAACACCAAAAACACACGCAAAAGUUGUAGUCAGUGCGGAGGUAAUAUUGUAUUGUUGUUGUUUUUUAUGUAUGUAAUUGUACUUUUUUUUUGUAAAACGAUUGUUGUAAGAAAAGAAAAUUAUGCCAAAAAGAAAACAAAAUAAAUAGUUAAUUAAGGAGUUUACAAGCAACAUUUAAAUACAGAGCAGAGCAGAGCAGAGCAGAGCAGAAAAGAGCAGUAAAGAGCAGAACAGAAAAGAUAUGAAUUACUUUAAACCACAAAAACAAAACAGAAACAGAAAAACCAUAACAAAAAGUUCCGAAAGUUUUGAAAUAGUCGAUGGUACAUACAUAUGUUUAGUAUAUGUAUUUGUUUUAACUGCAUAUGUACUUAUGGUAUGCUUACAUAAACCUACAUAAAAUCAAAAUAAAACAGCAAAAAAACAAAACGAAUAACGAAUAAUAGUGUGCGGAGGCAGUCGAGACUUCACGACUUGAAUAUACCCGGUACUUGGUGAAAGUCAAGUAAUAAAUAUCUUCGAGACCAUCCGAAAUUAUCCGAAAUUAUCCGACUAUCCAAAUCUGUAGUAGCAAAAAAAUUACGACAAAAAUCAUAAAGCAACCGAAAAACGGACAAACGAACCAACAAAUGAAAUCUUUGAAGAGCUUAGAAGAGAAAAAUUGCACUCCAUCCAGGUACCGGGUAUAAAUGUUAUUUAACAAAAACAAAUGAAAGCAGCUCCUGGAGCAGCCACACAAAGCGCCAUUUUGAUAAAAAAAAAAGAAACAAAACAAAAAAGAAAACCUAAAAACUAAAAAAGAAAAAAAGAAACAGAAAAACCGAUUUAAUAAAGAUACAGAAUUACUGUGUACUAACACCAGAGGUGGGGGGUGAUGUGAUUGUCAUUGCCCUGCGAAGGAUUUACUUUAAUUUCUGUGUAAUUAGUGCUCAUUUAUCACUAAUUAGUGGAGACAGGAAUGUGAAAAACAAUGUGCUUAUAAGUUGCCAGAGCUUUUACUAGUAGAGACGCCAUUUAAAUUCUGAUUCUGGGUUUAAAAAUACGAAACAAAAAACCAAACAAA